UCCAAGGAGCGUCACCGUCGCCGCCGCCGCGGGUCCCGCUCCCGCUCCCGCCGGCGCUCGUGGUCGUCGCGGCGCUCGCGUUCCAGGGGCGGCGCCGGGUCGGAGAAGCGCCGUCGGCGCCGGGGCCGCUCGGGCAGCUCGGGCCGCUCGCGGGGCCACCGCAAGGACAAGGACAAGCGGCGCGGGGACAAGAAGAAGAAGAAGCAGCAGCAGCAGCAGCAGCAGCAGCAGCGGGGACGGCGGCACCGCUCGCGCUCCCGGGAGCGCCGCGGCUCCUCGCGCCGAGACGCCGAGGCCAAGGCGGAGAAGAGCGGGGGGUCCGUGACGAGAGGAGGAGGAGGAGGAGGAGGAGGAAGCAGCACGGGGAGCCGGCGCCGGGAGCCGCGGGCCGUGGUGCCGCCGUCGGUGCAGGAGCUCAACGACUCGGACCUGUUCGCCAUCAAGAGGACGAUCACGGUGAGCCGGCGCGCCGACAGCCCCGAGCCCAAGCGGGAGGUGCUCUACGACUCCGAGGGGCUCAGCUUCGAGGGCUUUUCCGACCGGGAACCCGCCGAGAUCGUCCCGCCGCCGCCGCCUCCGUCCCUUCCGCCGCCGCCGCCGCGCCGCGCCGGGGACAAGAGGGGGGACAAGGAGCGCAAGCGCGGCCGCCCCGACGAUAGAGCGCCGGGCAGCAGGGACAAGCACAAGAAGAAGUUCAAGGAGUACCCACCGGAGUCGGCGGAAGGCGGGAAAUCCAAGGAGAAGCCGCGGGAGAAGAGCGGCCGCAAAGGGAAGGCGGCGCCGGGCAAGGAGGCGACGCCGACGACGGGAACGACGGGAAUGUCGAAAACGGCAACGACGGCGCCCAGGAAGGUGAAGCUGCAGUCCAAGGUGUCCGUGCUCAUCCGGGAGGGCGUCAGCUCCACCACCGCCCCCGGAAAGGAGCCGGGAAGCGCCGCGGGAAGCGGAGGAACGGGAAGCGCCGGGGCGGGAAGCGGCAUCGGCGUCAAGUUCGCCCGCGACGCCGAGAGCCGG